CUCUGGAGGUUUUUCGCCUUCCUCCGCAGCAUGGGGCAGGGAUCACUAGCAGGAGGGUCUCAGCCGAUUGAAGUCACUAAAACACAGGAUUGGGGACUUCAACGGUAGAGUCCAGGGAAGGGUCUUGCGGCCUGCAGCAUGCAGGGGGUCAGACCAGAUGAUCAUAAUGGUCCCUUCUGACCUUAAUGUCUAUGAGUCUAUGAGUAUGGGAUCUGCUCGCCAUAUGGGGAGAUGAAGCAGUGAUAGCUGAACUCCGUAGCAGUAAAAGAAAUGGCAAAGUAUUAGAAAAGAUCUCCAAGGCCAUGAAGGACCGAGGCCAUAACAGGGACACACAGCAGUGCCGCGUGAAAAUUAAGGAGCUACGGCAAGCUUACCACAAAGCCAGAGAAGCAAACGGAAGGUCCGGGGCAGAGCCGCAAACUUGUCGCUUCUACGCCGAGCUGCAUGCGAUCCUAGGGGGUGCAGCCACCACUACCCCAACCGUGUGCUAUGACUCUCUCACUGGAGAAACACACAGGGAAGACGGUUCGGGGAACGAGGAAGAUGAGGAUGGAGGUACUGUAGGUAGCUCACAGCAGCAAGGAAGCGGAGAAACCGGUUUCCCCAACAGCCAGGAUAUGUUUGUUACCCUGGACCUGGAACCAGUAACCCCCGAACUCACCCAAGACCCUCAGGGCACACAGGAGACCUCUGCUGCAAAUGUUUCUCCUUCGCAGAGGCUAGUGAACAUUAGAAAGAGAAAAUGUAGGACGAGGGACGAUAUGUUCACGGAGCUGCAGAUGUCCUCCCACGCUGAUAGAGCACAGCAGAAUGCGUGGAGGCAGUCAAUGUCGGACAUGAGAAAAGCACAAUAUGAAGGAGAGGAGAGAUGGCGGGCUGAAUGGCGGGAUGAAAAGAGCAAGUGGCGGGCUGAAGACGAUAGGUGGCGUCAGCUUGCAGACAGACGGCAAGAGUCAAUGCUCCAUCUGCUGGAGCAUCAAACUGAUAUGCUAGAGCGUAUGGUUGAGCUGCAGGAAAGGCAGCAGGAGCAGAGACCGUUGCUACAGCCCCUGUUUAACCAACAGCCCUCCUCCCCAAGUUCCAUAGCCUCCUCACCAAGACGCCCAAGAACACGGUGGGGGGGCCUCCGUCCACCCAGUCACUCCACCCCAGAUGAUCGCCCAAGCAUCAGAAGGCUGGCCUUCAAUAAGACUUAAGGUUUUAAAAUGCAGUGUGUCCUUUUUCAUCCCUCCUCCCCCACCCAUCCCAGGCUACCUUGGCAAU